CUUUUUCUCGUUUUCGAUUACUUUUUUCUCGGCGAGGUAUUUCUCUUCCAGUCCCCACCCGUCGUCGUCGAUCGAUUCUGCUCAUCAAAGCUUCCAGAAAAGCCAAGAGCUUUCCUGUCUUCUUGCAAGCUCAGGAUCUGUCUUUGAUUCUACAAGGGCACUUUGUAAGGUGAUCGUUUGUGCAUUCAGUUGACAAUGGAUGCUACUCAUGAUUCUGCUAACGUUCCAAGUAAUUCGAGCAAUGAUAUAGAGGAAUCAACUGAGAUGAUCUUUGUGAACCAUGCUGAGAUCGCAUGGCAGGAGAUGAGAAAGAAGUGGGUUGGAGAUCCGUCUAUAAGGACUUCAGAGUUGCCUAUGGAACCUGUAAUAAGCUUCAACGCUACUUAUGAAGAUUUGCUUCUACCCAACACUCCUUUUCACAAGCCCAUCCCUCUAGCUGAAAUGGUGGAUUUUCUGGUUGAUUUUUGGCACGGGGACGGUCUUUUCGAGUAGGUUAAACCGAAGCAGCAUUCUGAGUAGUAUUCUUGGUACAGAAUUUAGUUGCAUGCUCUAAUCCAUUUAGGUUAAAAACUCUCUGGUUUUCCAUUAACAAACCAUGAACAUAAACCUUGUUCCAUGAGAAAUUCAAUCCCCAGAAAAAGGGGAUCAUGCUUUUGUUUAAUUGUGACUCUACAUGAGUUGAUCGAAUGAUGUUUAGCAUAUAAUAUAACAGAU